AUGCCAGGAUCGUUGGCAUCGGAGCAGGGCCUCAUCCACGCCACGCACAACUACAAAUCAUGGUUCAGUCUGUACGCGGACGAGAACAUUGAUUUCGAGGAGGAUGGAGGGCAGGCCGAGGAGGGAACAGCCGCCCGCCGCAGGAAGGUGACAAAGCCGACGAAGGAAGAAGAUGAAAACGCGGGCGAGGACGAAGACGAAGAGGAGGACGAAGAGGAGGAGGUGGAAGAGGAGGAAGACGAAGAGGACGAGUACGCACUGGAAGACGAAGGCGGAAGCUCCAAGAAGGCUCGCAGCAGUCGAGCCAAGAAGGGUGCCGCCGCCAAGUCGAAAGCCAAGCCCAAAGCUGCAGGCAAGGGCCGAGGUGCGCCGGCAGCAGCUACGGAGAUCCCGCCAGAGCUCAUGAGGCGCUCGUCGCGCCAGGUGACCAAGCCACUCCGAUACGCAGAACAGGACAAAGAGGACGACAAAAAGAAGAAGGAGGAAAAGGAGAAGCCGCCCGCAAGCGGCAGCGCCAAGGCCAGCAGCGCGCAGCGGGGCACCAAGCGAACGCGAGCGGCCGCUGCCAGCGUGGCCGAUGAGACCGUGCCCGACCCGCCUCAACGACGGGCCAAGAACGCGAAGAAGCCGGCACCGGCGGUGGCCAAGGAAGAGGAGGAAGUGGAGGAGGAGGAAGACUUGAACGUGACCUCCUCCGAUCAGCCUCCGUCCAUCGUGUCGUCUCCUGUUCCGGCGGAUGCCGCCAUGCGACCGAAGGCCAACGCGGAGGAAAGCGAAGAGCCCGAACCGGAGCCCCAGCCCGAACCCCAGCCGCCGCAGCCCAAGAAGCCGGUGGCGAUCCCCGCCUCGUCGCCGGCUCGGUCUGGCACCGUACGCCGGGGCAGAGCGAACGUCAACCGCAAGCCCAAUAAGCGACGCCGUAAGUUGCCGAUGCCUCCGUGGGAACCCGCGGUCAAUUCUAAGCUCGCGCAAACGUAUCCGGACAAGUAUCACAAGGAUACGGGGGCCAUUGAGUUCAUCAACAAGAGACAUCCCAUCAAGCUCCACACCCAGCUCCAGCACCCUGGAAACAUAUUCGACAUGGUGUGGUCCAGCGACGGUCUCAUUCUGGCGACGUGCUCGAGCCUCGGUUCGAUCCGUUUGUGGGACACCACCACGUGGAAGCUCAUCCAGGAGCUGCGGGACGCCGAGGAGGAAAAGAUAGAAGAGUUCUACACCAUCCGCUUCUCGCCGGACAACACGAAGCUGUUCGCCGCCGGCAAGCUCAAGCACAGAGACCGCUGGUCGAACGAGGACGACGACAACCAAGUCGCGCCCGGGCCCAUCAAGCUGUUCGACGUGGUGUCGGGCAAGGUGCUGACGAAGCUCGAGGGCCACACGGAAGAGAUUCUGUGCAUCAAAGCGAUCUCGUUCAAGGAGAAGAACUAUCUGCUGUCCGCCUCCCAGGACGGCUACAUCAUCAAAUGGCACCUGGACGACACGUGGACGGUGCUGGAGGGUACCACACGCAUCGACGAAGAAACGACCAACAUGGCGCUCGGCCUCUCGUUCCUCCCCAAUUGCGGCAACAAAUACUUCAUGAGCGCCGCCGACGGAGGAGUCAAGAUCUACGAUUUUGAGAAAGAAGUGCUGCUGCAACAAUUCGAGGAGAUCUACACCGGCUACUGCGAUUGCAUCAAGUUUAUCAACGCGAAGGAGUACCACCGGGGCGAGUUCGAGCACUACCUCGUCACACGAGGUGUGGAGAUGCUCUCCAAUUCGGACCCCAACCAACUGCUGAGGAGCAACGCGUGCCACCUGUGGAAGCUCACCGUGCCCGAUAAGCCACUCAAGUCCGCGGAGAACGCCUUCCGUCUCGAGAGGGUCCGCACCUUUUCCAACCCGGGCUUCUUUGCCAAUUCGUGGCCAGCCCACAUCACGUCCAACGGCCGCUAUCUGGCGGCGCCGACUUCGCAAGGCGAAGUGUUCAUUUGGAACCUGCGCACGGGCGACCUGGUUUCCGUGCUGACCGACCACGAGGAUCGGGAGACCCGCGAUAUCCUUUUCCACGCGACCCGGCCCAUCAUGCUCACCUGCUGCGAUGAUUCCACGAUCAAGGUGUAUAUGCAGGACGACAGCGACGAGAGGGCGAUCAUCGAGACGGUGGACCUGGACGGGGAGAUCGACGUCGAGGGCGAGCUGGCCGAUGGCGAGGGCGAACCGCUCUCGCUCGUCACCGGCGUCCCCGAGGACGACAUGGAGGUCGAGGACGAGGCCGGCGACGAGGUGAUCGAGCAGCGGAGCAACGGCCGCAGCAACGGCACCGGCCAGCGGCGCGGGGGCAGGGGCUACAAGCGCGGGUCGCCCACGAUAGUGAAGAAGCGGAUGCGGAUAGAGGAGGAGCUGGAGGCCGAGUUCGGCGACGAGGCGUGGCCGGUCGGGGAGGAGGCCGAUGCCGAGGUGGAGGAGGCCGACAAGGAGUGGCUCAAGAUCGAGAAGGAGUGGCAGAAGAUCGAGGACCACUACCAGAAGAUCGAGCGCGAGUGGUCGGAGAUCAAGAAGGAGCGGAAGCGGAUGGAGCGGGACCGCACGACGCUCCGCAAGCUCAAGGAGGAGGCCGGCGUCCCUCUCACGGCGGCCGACUACCCUCCGCCUGCCGCGUCGACCACCACCACCACGACCACCUCCGCGACUGCUCAGCCUGCCGCGGCCGAACAAGCUGCGGCGGAUGCUGCGGGCUCGGUGGCGGCGACGGCAGUGGCCUCGGCGACGGUGGGAACUCCUUCCGAGGGUGAGACUACUACUGCUGCUACCCAGGCGGACAACGCACACGCCAACGGCGCGACCGCGGCAGAGAAUGCACCGCAACCCAUGGAAACGGAGACGUCUGACGUCUGA